CCGUGUCGCCGCGAAGCCGGGCGGAGACUGAGCUCGGGCUCCACGGUGCUGGGGCCUCAGUCGUCCGAACGUACCGACAGCGGGUGGCGCCGCGCGACCCGGCGCCGGGACCCUCUUCAGCCGCCUUUGUCUGGGAGCCCUGUGUCCUGGACGCGCGGCGCUCCGGCCUCAGCGAUAGCUGACAGUGCCGCCCUCCCGCCCGGGGGCUCCGGCUCUGAGGCGCGGUCGGGCCCGGCUCCGCUCCCCCACGCCUGCCGAUCGGAGCGUGCGGACAGAUGCCCCCGCAGCAGGGGGACCCCGCAUUCCCCGGCCGCUGCGAGGCGCCGCCGGUGCCGCCACGCCGGGAGCGCGGGGGGCGCGGGCCCGGGGCGCCGGGGGUCCGGGGGCGCGCGGGCGGCGCUGAGGGGCGCGGCGUUAAGUGCGUGCUGGUCGGCGACGGCGCGGUGGGCAAGACGAGCCUGGUGGUGAGCUACACCACUAACGGGUACCCCACCGAGUACAUCCCCACGGCCUUCGACAACUUCUCAGCUGUGGUAUCUGUGGAUGGGAGACCUAUGAGACUCCAGCUCUGUGACACGGCAGGACAGGAUGAAUUUGACAAACUUAGGCCUCUCUGCUACACCAACACGGACAUCUUCCUCCUCUGCUUCAGUGUUGUGAGCCCCUCAUCUUUCCAGAAUGUUAGUGAGAAAUGGGUGCCAGAGAUCCGAUGCCACUGUCCCAAAGCCCCCAUCAUCUUAGUUGGCACUCAGUCAGAUCUCAGAGAAGAUGUCAAAGUCCUCAUUGAGUUGGACAAAUGCAAAGAGAAGCCAGUACCUGAAGAGGUGGCUAAGCUGUGUGCCGAAGAAAUCAAAGCUGCCUCCUAUAUUGAGUGCUCAGCCUUGACUCAGAAAAACCUCAAAGAGGUCUUUGAUGCAGCCAUCGUCACUGGCAUUCAAUACUCAGACACUCAGCAGCAGCCAAAGAAGUCCAAAAGCAGGACUCCAAACAAAAUGAAAAACCUCUCCAAGUCCUGGUGGAAGAAGUACUGCUGUUUCGUAUGAUGUUGGCAAGAAACGAAGAAAAGCUAUUUUCAGAUCAAAUGGAUAUUAGAAGCUAUAUUAGCUGAAAUGACUUCUUUUACUUUGUAGAGUCUGUAUAAAUAAUGUUUGUGAAUAUGUAUUAUGGAAUGAGUUUUCAAUUUAUGUAUUCUUGUUUUCGAUUUUCUCAUUGGCGCUUAGGGCUGAGAUAAUUAUGCAAGGUAUUUUUUAAGUUAAGCAGAUUUUUUUCAUAACUAUGAAAAUGUAGGGAUCUAGACCUCUGAAAUAAUUUAUAUCUAACUGAAAUAUCAAGUCUGAAUCUCAAAAAUGAAAUUUUGCUAUGUUUAAUUUACAAAGAAUAAAAGAGGAAGUGUGACGAUUAAUCUUCUCUUGACUAAGAGCUACUUGGUACACAGUACUGUAUAUACGCAGGCCAGCUGUGGUUAAGAAACACUAUAAACUUUGAUUGUAUUUCUUCUUCCUUUUUCAAGGAGUGAAAAUCUGAGGAAAGGGAGAUUUCUGCCUAUAAAACCUCAAAGCAGACACUUCUGUCUUGCGCUAAUACCAGCCAACAAAGAUAUUCCAUUAACUGUUGGGCACUAUGUAUAUCAAAAGGAAAUUUUUGCUUACUGGAAUUUUUUUUUAAUAUGGAGUGCUUCGCGAAUUUGCGUGUCAUCCUUGCACAGAGGCCAUACUAAUCUUCUCUGUACUGGAAUUUUUCAUUUCUACAUCAAUUCUGUUCAUACUUUAUUAGAUAUAGCCCAAAUACCAUGCAGACUGAAGCAAAAUUUAGUUGAUGGUUCUAAUAUUUUCUUUUGAGGGUGAUCCAUUUGAGAUCAGAAUGUAGUAUUUGCUGUUACUGCGUAUCUACCAAAUCCCUGAUAAUUAGAGCACUGGGGAGCAAUUCUUUGAUAUGCUUUUAGUUUCCCUUCUUGAGUUGUCCCAACUAUAGGAAAGUUGUCUAGAAAACCAGCCUCAGAUGUUUGUGGGAUUAAGCUUUGGUCUCCCUCAAGUCAGUUAAAAUGUACUUUUUGUAUAGGUAUAAAUACACACAUGUAUGGCUGUAUUUGCUGCUGAUUCUGUCUUUUGAACAGUUUAUGGAACGAAGAACAAGAACAGAUGUGAGGGAGGAAAGCCUGAAUUUUUUUCUUUGUUAACUUUUUCAACUAGAUCCCUUUCUUAAAUAUGAUUUGUAAUUACAUCUUAAUACAUUUUUGAGACCAAUUAAAAAUAAAGUAUGAGUAUCUCUUAAAAACUGUUUUAAAAUGAAUGUCUCUUAACCAUUUAAAUUCACAGAUGCCUUUUAGGGAACUGACUGCAGUGACUAGUGCUACAUGUAGAGCAUGUAAAAGAGGUCAUGAGAGGGUCUGCAGUAGUCAGCUAAGAGUAGGGGCCAUAAUUGCCUUGCUCAGCUGUUUUCUUAUUAUGGGACAGUCAGAAUAUCACAUAUUUGUGAAAAACUCAUGUGCAUCAUGCUCAUGGAAAAAAUUAGGGCUUAUCUUCUGAAGAAAAAAGUGCCAUAACAGAGUAGCCUUACUCUGUGAUGGGUGUGCUUCUGAGAUGCCAAAUGGUGGCAGAAUGCCUUGAAUUGUAAUGUUAAACUUGAAGAUGUACCAAAACUAGUUCAAUAACUAGAGAAGUCUCUGUUGAGUUCAGUAGAAGUCAGUAGAAGAAUUUUAUCUUUCUGUGGGCUUUGUUGCUUUUUUAUAUUUAAAAAUUUAGUUUGUGUUUUAUUAUAGAAAAAUUAGUAGAUCAGGUUGUCUUCUAGGGACUUUUAUUUCUGUUAGUAAAUAAAAUCAGUUCCAUUGUUUAAAAUCUAAAAUAUAGAGACUGUGUACUAUUUAUUUUUAAAUAUGGCCAGAUAUCGCUUAGAGUUUUCUGAAGCCUUUAAUAGCUUGAGUGAAUAAAAUUAUACCAUUUAUGGAAAUGUCCUAAGCUGACUUGAAAUAUAUUGUCAGCUUGUAUUCAUUUCUGUUAAGGUAGGGGUGAGGGAAAGUUACUUAACUGGUAAGUAACUUUAAACAGUAUACUUAGAUUUAAGUAAUGUUGUGAGGUACAGUGCAAAUGAAUUUGAGAAAUAGCAUAGAAUUUGAAAAUUUUACGAACAUGAGACACUUUUAGUCUCACUGAGAUGCCUUCAGUACCUUCUGCCUUUAGUACAAUUGAUGGACAGCUGCUAGUGCGGUGUAGCAUGGCCUAGUUCUGAGAACUUUAUUCAAGUUAAUGUUGGUUACUCGUAACUGCUUGAUACUGUGUGAACUGUUAACUAUUAAAGAUAUAAAAAGUUGA